UAGUUCUUAUGAGAUAAUAACACAAACCUAGAAAUAUGUAUUUCUCCAUAACUGAACAAAUAAGCUGUUCUCAGAAGAAAAUGAGGUCCCAGGACACUGUUUGAAGCUAUAAGGGUGGCAGGGUCCACCACAUAUAACAGUAUGAAAUUGUGCUGUCCUUUAAGUUUGUUUAAAAGUGUAUUUGGUUUGUUUAGGCAGAAACAAUCUGUCCAUGAAUUCUUUCACUUGAUUAAAAAUGAAUCCUCAGAGCUACAGAGUGACCAUAGGCUGAAGGUCUCAGAGCUCUCCUGGUCUGUGGUCAGAUAUCUGAGAGCAAAUUAACUCGAUCCAUCAACUCAACCACAAGCCCCUCUCUCCGCCCCUCUCUGCGCAUGCGCAGCUCGUCUCCGGGAGCUGUCCGCGUCAGUCGGUGCUGGAGCGUCGUUGAAGCUGCUUCUCUCCGCCGCCGGUCCACCGACACAGACGGGAGCGAUGGAGGAAGAGUUAAAAUGCCCCGUUUGCGGGUCCCUCUUCAAGGACCCCAUCCUGCUGCCGUGCUCACACAAUGUCUGCCUGGCGUGUGCCCGGAACAUCACCGUCCAGACCCCGGACGGAGAGACCCCGGUGCAGAGCCGGGCGUCGGGCAGCUCUGACUACGACUACCUGGACAUGGACAAGAUGAGUCUGUACAGCGAGACGGACAGCGGGUACGGCUCCUACACACCGUGUCAGCUCAAGAGUCCGAACGGGGUGCGGGUGUUCCCGCCGGCCAACCACCACCGUCACUGCUCCCUCACCUGCCCGCUGUGUCACAGGAGCGUCUCCCUGGACGAGCGGGGGCUCCGGGGUUUCCCUCGGAACCGGCUGCUGGAGGCCAUAGUGGCGCGGUACCAGCAGAACCGCGCCGCUGCCGGCGCCUCCUCCUCCUCCGCGGUGAAGUGCCAGCUGUGCGACCGCAACCCGGUGGACGCGGCGGUGAUGUGCGAGCAGUGCGACGUUUACUACUGUAACGCCUGCCAGCAGCGGUGCCACCCGUCCCGCGGUCCGCUCGCCAAGCACCGUCUGGUACCGCCGCGGAACCCGGCGGCGGCGGGAGGCGGUGCGGCAAGCGGGGGUGGGGGCGGCGGUCAGCAGCCGCCCGCCACCGCGCGGAAACCCGCGACCUGCCUGGAUCACGAGGCGGAAAACUUCAGCAUGUACUGCUACAGCUGCAAGGCUCCCGUGUGCAUGAAGUGUCUGGAGGAGGGGAAACACAACAAACACGACGUCAAACCGCUGGCCGUGAUGUGGAAACAACACAAGUGCGCGCUCUCCCAGGCCCUGAACGGUGUCUCAGACAAAGCUAAAGAUGCCAAGGAGUUCCUGGUUCAACUGAAAAACAUGCUCCAGCAGAUACAGGAGAACGGUGUGGAGUUUGAAGCUUGCCUCGUGGCUCAGUGUGACUCUCUGAUCGAGGCGCUCACCAGACAGAAAGCCAAACUGCUGACCAAGGUCACCAAGGAGAAGGAGUACAAGCUAAAGGUGGUGCGUGACCAGAUCACCCACUGCACCAUGAAACUACGUCAGACCACCGGCAUGAUGGAGUUCUGCCUGGAAGUCCUCAAAGAGAACGAUCCCAGUGGUUUCCUGCAGAUCUCUGAUGCUCUGAUAAAACGGGUCACGUCGUCUCAGGACCAAUGGGUGAAAGGGGCCCUGGAGCCAAAAGUAGGCCCCGAAUUUGACCUCACCCUCAACACUGACUCGCUGCUGCAGACCAUCCUGAUGCUGGACUUCUGCCAGGGCAAAGAUGUGCAGGAGAAACCGUUAUUGAUUCAAAUGCAGGCAGCAGCAGGCAGUGGUGAGGCUGAGAUGGAGACAGAGAGCCCAGGAGUGGAGGUCGGACCCGCGGUGCCGGCCGCUCCACUCCUGCAGCUGGAGAAGUGCUGCACCAGGAACAACAGCGCCACCCUGGCCUGGAGGGUGAUUGCGCCCCCUAGCAACCCCAUCGAGGGCUACAUCCUGGAGCUGGACGAUGGCAACGGAGGACAGUACAGGGAGGUGUAUGUCGGGAAGGAGACAGUGUGUACUGUGGAUGGACUCCAUUUCAACAGCUCCUACAACGCCAGAGUGAAGGCUUACAAUGGCAUCGGAGUGGGGCCGUACAGUAAGACUGUGGUGCUCAAGACCUCUGAUGGUAGGUUGCGUGUGGCCUGGUUCACCUUUGAUCCCAGCACAGCUCAUCGGGACAUCGUUCUCACCAACGAAAACCAGACCGUCAGCUGCAACAGCUACGAUGACCGCGUGGUCCUGGGAACUGCUGCUUUCUCAAAGGGCACCCACUACUGGGAGGUCGCCAUCGAUCGCUACGACAACCACCCCGACCCCGCAUUUGGCGUGGCGAGGAUCAACACCAUGAAGGACAUGAUGUUAGGGAAAGAUGACAAGGCAUGGGCCAUGUAUGUGGACAACAACCGCUCCUGGUUCAUGCACAACAACUCCCACACCAACAGGGCGGAGGGCGGCAUCACUAAGGGCUCGACUGUGGGCAUCCUGCUGGAUCUGACCAAACACACACUGACCUUCUUCAUCAACAAGGAGCAGCACGGGCCGACUGCCUUCGAGAGCCUGGACGGGGUCUUUGUACCCGCCGUCAGCCUCAACAGAAACGUACAGGUGACCUUACUGACGGGCCUGGAGGUGCCAAAGAAUACCAAACAGUAGGAUAUCCCUCCUCCCUCCGAGCUUGCCCUGGAUACAGACCAACGAUGUCAGAUGCAGCCUCCGUUUCGCUCCCUCGUUCUUCUCAAGGUGCCCCGCGUCUCGGAUACGCUUCAAUGUGAAACACUGCUCCAUAAUUCAAGACGAAGGAAAUAAAUCUGAGUUAUUAUUGGCUAUAACAAAGUUGAUCGGAGCUUGUGGACGUCCCUGCAGAGAGGACUGGAGUUACUGUGGAUUGCCAUACUUUGUUCAUAUCGGAGUUCUUUCCCUGUGAACUCCAACACUUGUGUUAUAUUCCAGCUUGUACCUGCAGCCUGAAACUUCUCCUCGAGGCCUAAAACUAAUCGACCUUCUCACUCUGACAGAUUCAACGGUGCAGAUUCCCUAGUCGUGCUAUGAGAUAUGUUUUGAGCUUUUUAGGGAUUUCAUUUAAGAUUAACCGUCAGAAAACAGCAACGCUAUUAUUUUGAAAGUGAUUUCAGGAGGCAAAAUAACAAGAGUGAAUAGGAUUCAGCGGUGCCUGUUGUUGCUUCUCUCUCAGGUGUGUUUACAGCUUUCAAGGCAAAAACUAUGAUGAAGAGAGCGUUUUGCGGGAGUUGCAGCAGCACCGCGGGAUGCUUCGCUCAUGAAAUAUUUAAAAGCUAAAAUUUCAGUGCCAGUUGCAUCUCAGUUGUUGCUCCAACAAGCACUUAUUUCACUUGUUUUCUCUUUUUCCUUCUCAAGAUUAUUUGGUGCUGUUGCCAAAGAUGUUUACACUCUGAGGUUAAGCUGGGAAGGAUCUGGCUUCGGUUCCAUUUCAUUCUUCAGUAAUGUGACGAAUCUGCACAGAAUGGGGGAGACCACCCUGCAGGGGAAACGCUUUGUUUCGCAGUCUAUAGUGACUAAUUCAUCUAUGUAAAUCUUUUGGCAGUUAGCGAUGGCUCCAUUAUGAUUAUAGGAACUCUGAAGUUUAUGGUUGAUUUAAGCCCAUCAGUCACAGUUUACUAGCUCUGCACGUCUUUCUACCUCAAGUAGUAGAAUAAAAGGCAGGGAAAGCAUUCUAUAUGCUAUAUUUGGCCAUUUAAAGUAGUUAAUACCAUGACCUAAGCUACAGUUAUUAGUAUACAGACUGGGACUGGGUGAAACAGCUUUGUUUUUAAGUUUGGAUUAAACACAAAAGACACAACAUGUUAAUCUUUGAUCUUUUGAGGUGCUGUUUCCCAAUUUCAGUGCUAUGUGCUAAGCUAAGCUAACCAGCUGUUGCAUCUAGCUUCAUAUUUUGGCUGUAGACAUGAGAACAUUAUUGAUCUUUUAAUCUGCAUCUUGGCAGAAAAGCAAGUGCAUUGAUUUUCCAAAAUGUUAAACUAUUACUUUAAAUUCACAGAAACAAUAAACUGACAGUAUUGCAUGGAUUUCUAGUCAGUUCUGUCGUUUUGCCGUUUUAUUAGUAGCAAUAUGCUACGACUAGCCUGGAAACCAGACGGAUCUGUGAGCUCAUCUUUCAUUUGUCAGUUAGUUUGGCCGUGCCAAGUUAGAUCAUUAUCAACAUAAUGCAACAUCUUUUCAGAUGUAGUUCAAAUAGUCAUUCUGCAUGUAAGAUCAAGUUUUCCCUUUUAAUUCCUCUUAAGUAGCUGUAAGAUUGCUCAAAUACUCCAAACUACAGGACAGCAUCAUCACAUACAACAUUUCAUCAAAUGGAAAUAUUCAGCCUGACAUAUUUAGCAUUUUUGUUAACUUUGGUUUCUCCUCCAGAAUUUUAAUGAACUUCUUGGUGUGAAAAUGAUUUGGCCCCAGAGCAGAAGUUUGUCAUGACUAAGCCAGCAACGUGUCAGUGAGGUCAGAGGUUAAAACACGCCUGUAGCGGCAUCUAAUAAACUGAGGGGCCCUGUGUUAAUUUGGUUGCCAAAAUUGUGUGCAAACAGUUUGUACCUUGUCCUGUUGAAUUAAUCAAAGCGAGGGAACGAGGUCUGUUAACUGCCUGCAGGAGCAUUUCCUGCCUUGAUGUUGUUUUUCCUGCAGCCUCUCCCGGACUUUUCACCCCGUCUCAUACAAAAAUGAAAUGGAACCGAAUCUGACUUUUUUUUUGCCUUGUUUUAUAACACCAAGAAGCAGAUGAGGAAAGUGCGGCCGUCUCAUGGUAAUUUCAUCCUGUGCUCAUCUCCCAGUCUCUCUGUAGUGUCUCCGACGCUUUCAGGCAUCUUUAAUCUGUCGCACUGAAAGCGAUCUCGAUCAGUCACAUCAGGUAGAGCUACGUUUGCUGCUACGUUUCUCAUCAGGGAUUGGAUACAGCAGCCUGUAGAGGACAGUAGCUUCAACAUGCAACCAAACCACUGUGACUAAGACUAUAAGAUGUUUGGACAUACAUGACCCAUGAUGUAUAUUUUAUCACUAAUCUUGAUGCAGCAGAGGAUGGAGAAGGUUUACUUUUUGAUUAGUUAAUCUUGGAUUUUAUCAUUAUAUCUGAAAUAUUUCUAUUCCCUAUAAUGUUGUGAGUGAAAGAGAGAGAGAGCAGUUAUCAGACAGACCUGCGAUAGAAAGACUGAAGUUUGUGUGAAUGGAAAUCAAAAAGAAAAACCUGUAAAUAUUGAUCUGUGAGUUAUGAUUAUGACGCGUGAUAUUAAGCAUGGAUUAAGCAUCGAACAAGUUUACAAAAAUAUCUGAAGCUGUAUUGUAAAUAGUGUACUGUAUUACUGUCUUUGCGAUGAGUGAUGUUAAAGCCAACUGCUGCCACAGAUCCCCCUCUGCUGGUCGACGGUGGCGACAACAGGAUUCAUGCAUUUCUCCUCUGAUCCUGUUUGUUUGGUCUUAACCAACUGUGUUUUCAUACCUUUAAAUGCUGACGUUUUAAAACAUGUCAGCAGCCAAGACAAGUGUCACAUCUCUUACUAUCUCAUGAUAUUCACACAUUUAAUCAGGGACAUAAAAUAGCAGCCAUUUAUGUUUUUUUUAUACAUAUGUUGACAAAUUAUUAUGAUUGCAGGCAACACUUAGCUCUGAUUUACAAUAUUUUCUUGCAAACUCUCAGUUCAACACAAACUUUAAAUAUAUCAGGUGACAUAACUACAGUCAAUUUAAAGUAUGUAUUUCUCACUGUAAUUAGUGAGUUUUAUUUUCAAUACAGCAGAACUAUAAUUAUAAAUAGUGUUAGCCUGCAGUUACAUUCUUUUAAAAAAAAUAUUUAAUUGUAGAGCAUUAGAGUGGUUAAAUAAGCUAAUAUCUUUUAACUUUGGUUGGUUUUCCUUCUUGUUUUUGGGGUUGUUUUGUAAAAACUAACAAACAAGGGUAACGAUUGAGCCAUGUUAGGAGAUUGGGACGGUGAGAUUAUGUUUUUAUUUCUGACUUUAUAAACUGUUACCUAGAAUGUUAAAUGACGUUUAGAUCCUAGAACCGUUAACAUGCAGCAUAUUAAGCUAACAUUUAAGUAUGCAAAAAAUCCAACUAGCUCAACUGGCUUUUUACACCUGAUGCUGCAAUCAAAUUAUGUGGGAAAGAUUAUUUUAUAGCAGUUUAAAACAUCUAUAAUUGAUAAAACGACUGAGUGUAGAGUGAAAGGAAUCACUCAUUAUAAUGAACCCACGUCCAACUCUGCAUUUUAGCAUCUCUCAGCUCAUUGUUUUGGUUUCUGGCCUUUAAUGACAGCUCUCAAAUCGCAGUUUUAAUAAAAGAAGCUCACCGUGCAGCAAAGCAACUAACUGCUGAACAUAGAGGAGCAUCUGUGAACGCACAUUGUGUCUCCUGUGUGGUUUCAUAUUAGCAAUUCACUGCAUUGCUAAGAAUAAAUCAAGUGGAAUCACUCAAGUCUGUUUUCUAGCAGUGCUGUCUACUAGUCCUUAUAUUUGCCAUAUUUUCCCAUAUGACCUGAACGCAGCAUUAAUGUAAAAGUCAAGAUCUGAACCAGUUUGUCACGACACAGAAAGCAAAUGUCUAACAAUCUGCCCAAAGGGAGAUUAUUAUUUAUUUUUUUUACUGAUGCUCCCCAGAAUGCCAGCCACCACCUAAGGGCUACAUUUGCAUCUCGCUGCUCAACCUUCCCCUCUGACCGUCCUCCCACCUUCCACACCAGAGCAGAGGUGCAAAGUCGACCUGCCCCGAGGUUCACUUUGCUAUAACCAGGAAUAGAUUUUAGGUCCAUGGGUGAAGCGAGGCGUCUAUCGCAUCACCACUGGGGAACCAUUUUCUUUUUCGGAAAGUCUGGACGAUUCUGGGUUACAUGUCUGCAGGCCGUGUUGGUGUCAGAAAUGGCGCAGAGGUAGUCAUGACUGGAGGGAAUAAAAGCUAAUAGCGCACAGUGCAGAAAGUUAGAUGGUGUGUCAGGUCAAAUGAGGUUUUUCUUUUCCGAACACACUGUUUUAAUAUCCAAACAGUACUUUAUGUGACAGAUAUGAACACAAAUCACAUAUUUAAGUCACACUGUAGUCACUCCUGUCUCAAUAUGGUGUUGCCGAGUGCUUGUUACGGCAUGUCCCUUUACCCGACACUUACCCACCCAUGAAUGUGAGAUAUUUUGCUUAUUUAACUUCAGGAUUUGAUGCAGGGAAGGAAGCAUGUCACUGCUGUUAGCUAUUUAAACAAAUGGCAGAUUUAUUUACGCUAUAAACCAUGUAAAUAUAUUUAAUUACAUAUUUAUUUUCUUUUGGAUAUCACCCUGUUCAAUUUGUUCGGUAUAGAAGUUGAAUGCUGAUACUACUGAUGAUAUAUAUACUGUUUAUGGGUGGUUGCCCAGGGUUGCAGGUUAAAAAAAGGCUCGCCGGCUUCAAAAAACAGAUUCGCUUACAGCUUGAAACAUGUGCGAUGUUCUGCAGAUAAGCUUCAUAUUUCCUCAUGCUUUUUUUAAAUAUAUAUAUAUAAAUAUAUAAAUAACACAAAAGCUGCUUCAAGAAAACGGUGAGAAUUUGUGACCUCACCCAGACGCACACUGCCAGAUCACACAUAUAGUUUCAUUGUCGCUCAGAAUCCAUCAGUGUUUACGUUUUGAAAAGAGCUGGUUCCUGUAAAGUUCUGUCAUGUUUCCACCAAGAGCGUAGUAAAACUACACUGGCAAGACCAGACCUGCUUUUCUCAUGAUCCAUUCGGAGGGUUUGUAUAUGUUCCUUCAUGAAAACUUCUGCCAAGACUUGUGUGUACAUUGUUUUUUGAUUUGAAUAAUUCCCCCCAUCUGUCCUGUCAUGAUGCCCUGACCCUCCCUGCUGAUGUAAAUGUAAAUGUUUUGUACGACUACAUGGUUUGUAUAUGAGAAAUGCAUUGUAACUGCAUAAUUUUGAAACCUUUACAGUGUAAAAACACGAGAAACACAAAUGUCUCCGUUUUUUUUUGGUCAUUUAUAAAAACAAAAUAAAUUAACUGUGAUGGAACAAUGA